GUCCCUCUAGGGAUCAAUAAAGUAUUUAUGUCUUCAUAAACAUCCUUUACUCUUUCCGCUGUAUCUCCGUCUGGCCGCCAGAUGGCGCUGUUCCUCUGUUAACCAGGCCAAGCUGCUUAGUCUGCACGCAUGCGCAGUAUCCUCAUUUGGCCUCUGGUCUUUCAGACGCUUAUGAUGCGCAGAAAAGGUUGUACGCUGCUCGGCGCUUGUACUCAACUGUUCAACGUCUAAACUCGGCCCGAGGAGUCCACUUGGCACUUUCUGCUGACGAAAAGAGUCAUCACGACGCUUCACUGUAUGUGGACUCUGCCUACAGUUACCACGAGCGCUGAUGCAGCAUUGUUGCCACAGUUGUGGUAACUCUCCCUCUACCUCUGGUCCCCGGUGCCUCACUGCAUGACCUCAGACAACACUAAAAUCCACGAGGCCUACCUCCCCCAGGACCCUUUCCUCUGGACCCCCGACCGCUCGGUAGCCACAGCACUACAAUCUCCUCGUCUCAUCUCCCGCAUUGGCGUUGAACGCCUCCGCUUGGGUCAGUGGAGGUGUUGAAGAAGUCCUAUUUAUCCUCUUGAAUCUUUUAAGAAUCAUUUUUUCUCCUGGUUGGCUUGAGCCCGGUUCUGCCGGCCGCGCGACUAUUCAAAACUGGGGCGCGAUUCAUGGGAUGCAACCAUGUCGGAUCUCAGUGAGCGCAGGCCGGUCAACACGGACUACGCUGUCUCCCUGCUGGAGCAGCUCAAGUUCUUUUACGAACAGAAAUUACUGACUGACGUUGUGCUGCUGGUGGAGGACACGGAGUUCCCAUGUCACAAGAUGGUCCUGGCCACAUGUAGCUCAUAUUUCAGGGCGAUGUUCAUGAGCGGCCUCAGUGAGAGCAAACAGACCCACGUCCACCUGCGGAACGUGGACCCGGCCACCCUGCAGAUCAUCAUCACCUACGCCUACACGGGCAACCUGGCCAUCAGCGACAGCACCGUGGAGCCGCUCUACGAGACCGCCUGCUUCCUUCAGGUGGAGAAUGUCUUGCUGCAGUGCAGAGACUACCUGGUGAAGAAGAUAAAUGCGGAGAACUGCGUCCGCAUGCUGAGCAUCGGCGACAUGUUCAGUUGCAGCGAGCUAAAGCAGAGCGCCAAGCGCAUGGUGGAGCACAAGUUCCCCAUGGUUUACAGGCAGGAGGCCUUCCUUCAGCUCUCCCACGAGCUGUUGAUAGACAUCCUGAGCAGCGACAACCUGAACGUGGAGAAGGAGGAGACGGUGCGUGAGGCGGCCAUGCUGUGGUUAGAGUAUAACAUGGAGGCGCGCUCGCAGCACCUGUCCUCCGUGCUCAGUCAGAUCCGCAUCGACGCACUGUCCGAGGUGACGCAGCGUGCCUGGUUCCAGGGUCUGCCGCCCAAUGACAAGUCUGUGGUGGUGCAGGGCCUCUACAAGUCCAUGCCCAAGUUCUUCAAGCCUCGGUUAGGCAUGACCAAGGAGGAGAUGCUGAUCUUCAUGGAGGCCAUGUCGGAAACGAGCGAUGCAUAUGUGAUGGCUGGGGCCUUGCCUAUCACAGUGGUGUGUUACAGCCCGCAGGCGGAGAAGGUGUACAAGCUUAACAACCCCCCAGGCGACCUGCAGAAGGUCGGGACCCUUGUUACACCAGACAAUGAUGUGUUCAUUGCCGGCGGACAGAUCCCGCUCAAAAACUCUGUCACCAACCACGGCAAGAGUGGCAAGUUACAGGCUGUCUUCCGCUCUGUCGAUAGCUUCUUCUGGUUUGACGCCCAGCAGAACGCCUGGGUACCCAAAACCCCCAUGCUGUGUGCCCGAAUCAAGCCCUCACUGGUCUACUGCGACGGCUACAUCUAUGCAAUCGGGGGAGAUAACGUUGGGGGGGAACUGAACAAGCGCACGGUGGAGCGCUACGACUGCGAGAAGGACGAGUGGAGCAUGAUGAGCCCCCUGCCCUUCGCCUGGAACUGGAGCACCUCCGUGGCGGCGCACGACUGCAUCUACGUGAUGACCCACGACCUGAUGUACUGCUACUUCCCCCGGGCCGACACCUGGGUGGAGAUGGCCAUGCGCAAGACGAGCCGCUGCUUCGCCUCCGCUGCUGCUUUCGGUGACCUAAUUUUCUACAUCGGCGGCCUCCACGUGGUCAGCAACUCUGGCAUUCGCUUGCCCACGAGCACCAUUGACGGCUCCUCCGUCACCGUGGAGAUCUACGACGUCAACAAGAACGAGUGGCGCCUGGCCGCCAACAUCCCUGCCAAGCGGUACUCGGACCCGUGCGUGCGGGCGGUGGUGCUGCUCAACUCGCUGUGCAUUUUCAUGCGCGAAACCCACAUGAACGAGCGCGCCAAGUACGCUAUCUAUCAGUACGACAUGGAGCUGGACCGCUGGUACCUGCGGCAGCCCGUGUCCGAACGCGUGCUCUGGGAUCUGGGCAAGGACUUCCGCUGCGCGGUGGGGAAACUGUACCCCUCCUGCCUGGAGGAGUCCCCCUGGAAACCCCCAACCUAUCUCUUCUCCCCCGACGGAGCCGAGGAGUUUGAGGUGGACGGCGAGCUGGUGACCCUCCCUCACGUAUAGCUCGUACCCUCUCCUCCCCUACCUCGCUGACUGAACCAGGAAUCUGUAACGCUGAGGGGUGAACAUGACGGGGGGAGGGGGGAUCUCAGUUCUCUCUCAGAUCUGAAAAGGGUUCAACGUUCUCAGCUACAGCUGUUGUAACAAGGCAGCCCAAAACAAGCUCAGAGCGCAAAGGUGCCCCCUUUUUUUUCUUAUUUUGUCAGUUGUGACAUCUGUUAGAUAUUAUUACAAGUCUGUCAUACUGUUUCUACAAUGUGAUAAUCUAAAUGUCAACUGAUUUUGUGAUGAUGCACUUAACUGGUAAACUUUCCCGGAAUGACAAUGGCAACUGUACCAAAAUCCCCCCCCACCACCCAUAAUGGCGUCCCUGUCUUUCCCUGCUCUCGUUACUGAUAAAGGAACACUCUGUGGAAGAGCUCUCUCUCUCUCUCUCUCUCUCUCUCUCUCUGUUCUCUCUCUCUCUCUCUCUCUGUUCUCUCUCUGUUCUCUCUCUGUUCUCUGAAAACAUACACGCUCGCAGCCGUCGGCCUGGACUCCAACGCAGACCCAGUUAAAAAUGUCCCUUAGAAGCGUCUCAAACCACUCCCGUAGCAGUUUAAAAAGCAUUAUUGGUAGAAGUGUUUAAGCAUGUUUGGAUAUUGCGCUUGCAAGUUUAUAUCAACUGUUAGUUUGACGACAACAACAAAACAUUCGGAGCUGUCAGUCACAUCUCACGACCUUCAGGGGACAGAGUUCGUACAGAGAUGGUUCGAAUUCCAUCGUUUCCAGUAAAUGGACUUGGUGCUUUUGUCAAACUACUGAUUUAAUAAUCAAUAAUGACCCUUAGAAUUAAAAAUGUGGUUCAUUUGAUAAUUAAACCAUCUCUAUGACAACUGAGCAAACUCUGUCUCACUGAUGGCCACAAUAUGGUAGUUGAAAGCUCUGAAAAACUAUUGGCAAUUGGAUCUUUUGUAAAAUAUUAAAUGCAAAGGGGGUUAAUAUGUCCUUUUAAGUUAUUAAUUCAUCUUCUAUAAAACGUAAAAAGCCCACACUUACGUCUUUGAAUAACCUGAUUAAAACUAUACAAAAUCCCAAAAAUCUUACUUUUACCAAGAUUGGAAAAACAUCAUUUUACAAUUGAGAAGCUGGAAUGAGAGAAUAUUUUUGACAUUUUUGCUUGAGAAAUGACUUAAAUGUAGAGAAAAAUGUGCAACAGUUAAGAUAAUUGAUUUAUCAUUUAAGUCAUGUUUCCGACAUAUAUAUAUAUUUUAAACCUUGUUUCAGCUUCUCGAAUGUGAGGGUACGAAGGUUUUCUCUGUUUUUACAUCUUUGUAAAUUGAAUAUUUUGGAGUUUUGGG